AUGAGCGCACAACCUGAGAUGAGGGGUGGCGAGGUCUUCGACGCCUUCGACAUAGAUCUGGUCAUGAAGGUUGCGAAACAUACCAUCUUCAGUCCCUUCUUCAUGUCCCUUGUUCCUACGUUCUUCGUCUUCCAGGGCUAUAGCCCAAAGAGUGCAGUUGUCCUUGUGCCGGUCGCCUGGGCCAUCACGACCGCGUUAUUCUGGUCAUUCCAGUGGCUUUCUCUACUGUACCGCAACCAAGGUAGCCUGUUCUUUAGCCCCGGUGCUCUGGACUGGGGAGAACAGAUCGUCGUUGUGACCGGCGGCUCUUCGGGGAUCGGCGAACUCAUCGCAAAUACCCUCGCAGUCCGGAAUGUGACGGUCGUGGUUCUAGACGUGAAGCCUAUCGUGACCGAGAACUACAACAUCACGUUCUAUCCUUGCGACGUCUCAAAAUGGGAAGACGUUGAGGCGGUGCAGAAGAAGAUCGUUGAGGAGCUCGGGCACCCAACGAUACUCAUCAACAAUGCCGGUGUCGUUCAGGGUAAACUACUUCUCGAUCUCUCGCCGGAGGAAUUACAACAGACGUUCGGCGUGAAUACGAUCGGGCAUUUCCAUACACUCAAGGCCUUCCUCCCUGAGAUGAUCAAACAGAAGAGCGGACAUAUCGUGACCAUGUCAUCUGUCCUGGGAAUGCUUGGGGUCGCACAAACCAGUGACUACAAUGCAUCCAAAGCGGCACUUAUCUCGCUGAACGAGUCUCUGCGCUACGAGCUCGACACCCGUUACAACGCUCCGGGCGUCCGCACAACUCUCGUUUGCCCUGGUCAUGUCUUAACGCCUAUGUUCAAUACCAUCGACCUGGGAAGGAACUGGCUUUGCAAGUUCAUGAUGCCCGCUUUGGCGCCGAUCUCAGUGGCGAAGGCGGUCAUCGCAGCCCUUGAUUCACAGUUCUCGCAAGACAUCUACCUGCCGUUCUAUGUCAACUUCGCGCCUUACCUCCCUUUGGUUCCAAGCUUCAUGCGAGACUUCAUCCAAUGGUACACGAACGCCAACCACGCGAUGGAGUCCUAUUCGAAAGACCCAAAGGCGCGCAAGAACUUGUAA